CAUUUUUCUAGUUUCUCACUUUCUUCCCCUUCGAUAUAUCCUCAUGUGAAUUACAUUUAUUUGGUUUCUGCAAAUUUCGAUAUGAGAGAACUCAAUGCACCACCGGGGAAGUCAGAUGCGGUAUCAUACACAUGUACCUGUGGAGAGCCGGGGGUUGUUCUUCUCUUCUACCGUUACUAUGCCAAUUCGCCCAUGCUCCCAGAGCAGUACCUGCCAGAAACUAUUGAUCCUGAAAAGCUCGCAGAGUUCCACCGCAAACAAGGGAGGCUUUGCAAUCUAAGCGGCAAGGUACGAGUCUCGAAAGAGGGUUUCAACAUUACUGUGGCAGGCAGUGAAGAAGGCAUUCAGAAGUACAUCACAGCUUGCUGUUCACAUUGGAGCUUUUCGGGGUUAGUGCUGGACUUCGAUGCCUCCGUCGGCACAGAAUCAAACGAUGAAGUGGAAAGAAGGAGAGAUGAGUUCUUCAAACCAACCCCCGGGUGCCGCUGUGUCUUUCAGGGGAUCUUAAAUGUCAGGGUUACGGCGGAGAUCACGCCACUGGGAGUAACCAACUAUUCACCAUCAACGUGGGAAGCAGUGCAGGCACUUGAGCCAGCCGAAUUCCACCAGAAGUGCCUGGAUGAGAAGGUUAAGCUCGUUGAUGUGAGGAACUACUACGAAUCCAGGAUUGGCUAUUUCGUGUCUCCCACGAGCGGGGAGGCAGUGAAACCGCCCAUCCGUCGGUUCAGCCAGUGGCCACAGUGGGUGAAGGAGCAUGGGGAUAAGAUCACGGGGAACGACGAGGAGAAGGAUAAACCGCAAGUGUUGACGUACUGCACUGGCGGAAUCAGGUGUGAAAAGGGCGUCAGAUGGAUGGAAGAGUACAUGUCCAAAGAUGAGCUACGCGACCAGGGACAAAUUUACACACUCAAAGGCGGCAUUGCGGCGUAUCUCACUUGGAUGGAAGCCGAGAUAGGUACAGGCAAGAAAGCGGCCGAGGACUCACUGUUCAAGGGCCGGAACUAUGUCUUUGACGCCCGGGGCUCGACAGGAUUACCUGGAACCGAACCAGUGUCGAAUUGUCAUAGCUGUGGUGUCUCUUCGGACCAUCUGAGUAAGUGUGUAUCGCCUGGGUGCCAUUUAGUGCUUGUAGUUUGCCCGGCUUGCGAGUUAGGCAACGUGAGGUGCUGCGACGACUGUUUGAAGCUGUGUCACGAGGAGCAGUCGGGCGAAGCUGCGGGACAAAGACGCCCGAAGCCUCUGUGCGAGUGUGAACAGGCUCGGGAGAGAGAGCUUUGGGCUGGCGAGAGAGUGAAGGAGCCUAAGAAGCAGGGCUGGCGGAAGAAAAAGAGGAUGCAAGAUGGAAACGGGAAGAAGUUGGAUAUCAGGAUCAAGGUGGCAGAGUAAGUGCAACUUUACGCAUUAGGCUGGAUAUACUCCAAGCGGGCACCCGACGAGCACCAGACGCUGCACGGACAAAUCACGGCGUCAUAGCGGACCAAAACCGAAGCACAUGAAGCCUGAAGGGAGGCGAUAAAGUUUUAUGGGAUAUGAUUUGCUGAGCCGUCAGCACCAUAUCGGCCUUAUAUAGGUAACCCUGAGGGAUAUCCUGGGCCGAGUAUAGCAAACAAGUUUUCGUGGGGUCGAGUUCUCGGACUUGCAUGGGAAUUUGUGAAGCGUCCCGCUUGGAAACGCUUCCGCAUGCUCUGGUAGGACCGAUAUUUGUUAUCCAGGCACCAACCGCGGACGUCGGAUCAUCGCAUGCAACUUGUCAGCGCCAACGAAUUGCAACGCACCACGACAAAAAAUCCCAAAAAUGAGGCGCUCAACUAUUACCCCCUUCGAAUAAUAGCCAAGACGUUCCACCAUGUUCCCCUACGCUCAAUUGGGCUGGCCGGACUAUCACGUGAACGCUAAGCCUCACCCAUGCACCCAUGUUCCAACAUAUAUAUCGAGUCGAUUUCCCCGCGCGCGCCUGUCUCUUCUUUCCUCGUCACC